GGGCCAGAUAAAACACAGAAAAGAAGAGGAAAGCCUAUGAAGAUGCAUUGCAAAUGAACGACACUAAAGUGGGAAUAUUUCAGAUCUAUGACGAAGAACCAGAAAAUAUUCUGAGAGCAAAAAGAGCCAUGCUACAUUGUAUAUACCAGGGAAUGGAUCCAAAGGAAAAAGAGUUUAGAAAACAAGUUAGGGAAUUGGUACGAGAAAAGGAUAACAUACCACGCCAUGAUGAUGUGUAUAAGUUUGAAGAGGACCAGGAUAACCAAGACAGUAGAGAUGGAGCAACGAGCAGUUACAAGGAAGGUAGAGAUGAUACUGACAGUGUUCCCCGAGACAGUGGAGAAAGACACCCAGACACACCCCAGACAGAUAGGGGCACAGAAAACACAGAUCAGGAACCACCAGGCACAGCCGAGACAGAUAGGGGCACAGAAAACACAGAUCAGGAAUCACGAGGCACAGCCGAGACAGAUAGGGGCACAGAAAACACAGAUCAGGAAUCACGAGGCACAGCCGAGACAGAUAGGGGCACAGAAAACACAGAUCAGGAACCACGAGGCACAGCUGAGACAGAUAGGGGCACAGAAAACACAGAUCAGGAACCACGAGGCACAGCCGAGACAGAUAGGGGCACAGAAAACACAGAUCAGGAACCACGAGGCACAGCUGAGACAGAUAGGGGCACAGAAAACACAGAUCAGGAACCACGAGGCACAGCCGAGACAGAUAGGGGCACAGAAAACACAGAUCAGGAACCACGAGGCACAGCUGAGACAGAUAGGGGCACAGAAAACACAGAUCAGGAACCACGAGGCACAGCCAAGACAGAUAGGGGCACAGAAAACACAGAUCAGGAACCACAAGGCAUAGCCGAGACAGAUAGGGGCACAGAAAACACAGAUCAGGAACCACAAGGCACAGCCGAGACAGAUAGUGGCACAGAAAACACAGAUCAGGAACCACGAGGCACAGCUGAAGAUGAUUUUCGAUAUACAAUAAAGCAACGACGUCUUGCUGUUUAUAUUGGUGUUGGAAAAUUUGAGAAAAGACUUAGUGAUGGGGAAAGUGAUGGGACAGGUAUAUACAAUGAUAAAAGAGAUAGGACAAGUGAAGAAAAGAGGGAUAGAAGUGAGGCAGAACAAGUUUUGGAACGCCUAGGCUUUACUUUUAACAAAAAUCCUACAGAUGAAACUACAAAAGAGAAAGUGGAUAAAUUUAUUGAAAAAGGCAUACCCAAGCUAUUCUUCAUCCAGGCAUGUCGCUCAGAAUUUGGUACAAAGAAAGAAGAUGUUGUGGAUAAAGGUGUGGGAAUUUCUGUCGAAGUUCAAGGGAAUUCUGAAUUAGAAAAAGACUUGGCGGCCAGCCGAAGUAAUGGACAUAGGGACAUAUCUGAUGCCAGACCAAGGAACCUAAAACCAAAAGUUACAACACCACCCCAACCAGGCACAGAAGUGGCAGACGACACAAAAGAGGCCAAUACACGAGCAAACGUCCCUCAUGUGAAGCCACCCGUGGAUACACCACCAGAAGGAGACAAGACAGUUAACAGCCGUGAUAAUGUUAAAAGCCAUAAUGAGGUAUCAGAUGCCAGACCAAGGAAUCAAACAUCAGGUUUGACCAAUCCACAAUCAUCUACACUGGAACCCAUACAAAAUGCAGGAGGGGCUAAACCGCUUAUAGACAUCGCUACAGAAUCUGAGGAAAAACAAUCCAUGGAUACCCCUGAAGUAAAAGACAACUCAGUUGCCAAAAAGACAUCAGAUUUAGCUGAUGUCAGACAACCAAAACCUAAUGUUGAUACGACGCCUCAGGUUCUUCCCCAGCAGGAUAUCCCGUCCAUAACGUGUAUCGAAGACGGUUUGGUUAUGUUCGCUUCAGCACCAGGAAAAGAGGCAUACAGGCGAUUAAAAGAAGGUGGAUGGAUGAUGCAAUCAGUUAUUAAGGAACUGGAAAGCUGGCCAUCACAUCCAGACCAGGACUUGUUACAGGUUCUUACCAAAGUUAUUGGUAAAAUUGCCAUUGAAAAUGAGACAGAUAAGGGCUACAAGUCAGCAGCUUGCCUCACCCACAUGUUGAUCAAGGAUGUAUAUCUCUGUUAGAGGAAAUAUAUCAAAGCUAUGGGACACAAUCCCAAGUGCCAUUUAAUUUUAUGUUGACAAAAGGUGAAUAAAUUAACAAUAAGGUGAGUCACUCAACACAUAGAUUUAUAAACAGUGAUGUCAUUGUCUUUAUGUAUGAUUGGAUAGAUAUGAUGUUUAUAGUAUACAAUUUUGUAUACUGUGUUAGUACAAUGUUCAGAAUUGUAUAUAUGACUACAGGUACUUGAUGAAUUAAGAUGUUAUAAAUGAUUUUGUAUACAUCUAUAGCAGGACUGGAGUGGGUCGAUCGCCAGCGACCAGACGGUUUAGUUGGUUAAAGCAUCCGUCUAGAGUUUGGAUGGUCCCUGGUUCUAAUCUGGUCUGUCUAUGUAUUUUCCCACUCUUGUUACCUAUGGCAACCGACACAACAUACCAGCAGAAGUUGGUAUAGUGUCUCUUGUAUCUUCGGGGUUGAAGAAUUUGUUAAAGGAAGGAGUAUUGUAACUGAAUUGGACUGGGUCGAUUGCUGGUGACUAAGGUAGCUCAAUUGGUUAAGUAUUCGUCUAGAGUUUGGAGUGUCCCAGGUUCCAAUCCUGGUCGGGUCGUACUUUUUCCACUCCUGUUACAUAUGUUACAAAUUAACAUAGUUAUCUGUAUUUUUACCAACAUUAAAUAUUUGCCAAUAUGUUCGUAAUGACAUAUAUUAAGUAUUUAAUGGUGUAUAUGUGAUUGUGUAAGUAUGUAGAAUAUCUGAUGUGCAGAUAUGUUAUGUACAUUGAUUGUAUGUAUAUUUUACCACAUUGUAUAUAUAUAACCUGAGUUACCUUAUGAUCAAUGCACAGUAUACUACAUUGUAAUAAUGCUUGAGUACAUUGUAUAUACAUUAUGCGAUAUAACAGUUUCACAACAUUGUAUGGUGUGUAUUAAGUGUAUAAGCAUUGUUUAUAUGAUUGUGAAGGUUUAUUAUGACUUACAUUUGUUUGUGUAGGCAUGUUAUAAUUAUAAAGACCAUACAGUAGUUUUGUAUAUGAUAAGACAAAUGUGCUGAUGUCUGUCUGUAUUGCAGGGAAAUAGGCUGGUCCCAAUUUAUUAAAGAAAGAAACUUUUGACACAAUGAUGUUUUCCCAAUUUUUUUAAGAAUAUUUUUGUUUUAUUAAUCUUGUUGUCAACCUGAAAUCAAACAUUAAACUUCAGAUUGCUGAACCAUUGCUCAAACCGAUUGAACGAUUUGGUUGAUGGAACUGUCCUUGCCCAGUUGUUCUACAGUUUUAAGAUAAAGUUUGAUAUAUAACAUGAUACAUGUCCAUACAUUUUAUCAUACAGACUGUUAAAUACUUUUAAAUUCAGAUCUAUGGCGAGUUUUUUUUAAAAAUCAAAUAUACUUCAUUAACGAUUAAAAACAGAAAUGUAUUUAGAUUAUAUACUACAAAGAAGGAUAUGGCAGCUCUGCAGUAUAUAAUAUGCAUUUCGUGUUGAUCUCAAAUUCCAGUUAGUGUCAUAUCUUCAUUGAAAAGCAGCAAUAUCAUUCUCCUCAUCUUUCACCCAUCAGCUUUAAUCAAUUAAUAAACCAGAUUUCCAGUAGUUCUAUAUUAAUUCUUGGUUUAGCAUUCCCUUCAUCAUUUCAAUGAUAUUAUGUUGAUUAUUUCCUAACAUUGGUUUUGUCACCAAAUAUUACAACAAGGAACAAUUCAAUGAUGUCAUUAAUGAGAGGCAAAGACAUAUAAACGGUUACCGUAAAAACCCAUGUAAUCAAAUCAGUCUGUAGUUAUGACAAGGCAGUAGGGCUUCGUAAUUCACGCCACGUGUUGGUGAGUGAAAAAUACAACAACACGGUCCGUCGAUCGCAACUGAAAAUCAUUUCAAUAAGUAUACCUAUUGUUAACGGGUAAUCACAGAUAUAGUGUUAAUUUUACAGUAGGUAAAAAUUGUGUGGCCAAAAAAUAUCGCCAAACCACGGACUAAGGUAAUCGAAUUCCGUGGCCAAACUGAACUGUGACAUGACCUGGUUUGAAGUGACGAUACCCAAGCCGCCAUGAUGAGCCUUUC